AGGCACAGAAAAUGGGUAAUAACUGAGACGACCUCACAGCAGGAAGGUGAGAUCAGAUUGGCAAUGCAUCAGUGAGUGGCAUGAUUGAAGACAAGGUAAAAAGCAGGCUACAGGAAAAGGUGUGAACUUCAUAUUUUCUCCCUGAAACUAGGUUACAGCUGAAGAGAUCAAGAUGGUCCCAAAUUACUCUACCGAAGAAACCGUUAAAAGAAUCCACGUCGACUGUCCCGUUUCAGGAAGGCACAGUUACAUCUACAUUAUGGUUCCAACCGUUUACAGCAUCAUCUUUAUCAUAGGCAUAUUUGGGAACAGCCUGGUCGUUAUUGUCAUUUACUGCUACAUGAAAUUAAAAACAGUAGCCAGCAUCUUUCUUCUAAACCUGGCGCUGGCUGACUUGUGUUUUUUAAUAACUCUGCCACUCUGGGCAGCCUACACGGCCAUGGAGUACCAGUGGCCUUUCGGCAACUGUUUAUGUAAGUUAGCAUCAGCGGGGAUAAGUUUCAACCUGUAUGCCAGUGUGUUCCUCCUCACAUGCCUUAGCAUUGACCGGUACCUGGCCAUAGUACAUCCAGUGAAGUCCCGAAUUCGACGUACCGUGUUUGUUGCCAGAAUAACUUGCAUUGCCAUCUGGCUUCUCGCUGGUGUGGCCAGUUUGCCCGUCAUCAUUCACCGUAAUAUAUUCUUUGCUGAGAACUUGAACAUGACCGUCUGCGGUUUUCGGUAUGACAACAAUAACACAACGCUCCGGGUCGGGUUGGGUUUAUCCAAAAAUUUGCUGGGCUUUUUAAUUCCUUUUCUGAUCAUAUUAACAAGCUACACCUUAAUUUGGAAGACCCUGAAGGAGGCGUAUCAAAUUCAAAAAAAUAAGACUAGAAAUGAUGAUAUUUUUAAGAUGAUUGUGGCAAUAGUAUUUUUCUUCUUCUUUUCCUGGAUUCCUCAUCAAGUGUUCACUUUUCUGGAUGUAUUAAUUCAGUUACAUGUAAUAACAGACUGCAAAAUCACUGAUAUUGUGGAUACGGCUAUGCCCUUCACCAUUUGCAUCGCUUACUUUAACAACUGUUUGAAUCCUUUUUUUUAUGUUUUUUUUGGAAAAAACUUUAAAAAAUACUUCCUUCAGCUAAUAAAAUACAUUCCACCAAAUGUUAGCGCACAUCCAAGCCUAACAACAAAAAUGAGCUCCCUCUCAUAUCGGCCACCAGAAAAUAUACGCCUGCCCACUAAAAAGACUGCUGGGUAUUUCGACACUGAGUGAUGCGUUUUGCAAUAUACUUUUUUUGAACAACCUUGUGAACGAAGCAGCAAGAAUGACAAAAUUCAUCUGCAGUCCUGAACAUCACAGCUUACUGCUCAUUACAGAAACAUUAGAUCACCUCAGAGAAAUCAUACUGUAAAGAUAUAGCAGUGGCCUUUUAUUUUAUAUUGUGAAGAGGACUGCUUGGUUUUCAUUUUGUUUCUUUGCUGAAAGCAACAUAAAUGGUGGACAGGCAUGUCAGAGUUUCUGUCAGCAUCCUGCCGUUUACUCAGAACUACAAAAGA